GUCUCCACCAUGUAGCUGCUGUUGUCAUAUCUCCGUGAGGACGGUGAAGCCUUCAGUCUACUCUUCAGAUCAGAGAUCCAGAAUGGGGCCGAGGCUAGGGACCAUGCGGCCAGAAUAUCAGCACUACAAUCUGAUUAAGGAUAGCAUCGAAGUAAAAGAUUACCUGACAUGGGUUACAGGUAAAGUGUCUGAGUAUGGACACAAGACCUUCAACUUAGAAAAUCUAUCUGGUGCCAGGUGGAAGAUCGGAGGCCUGGAAGACACCAUUUACAAAGGGAAUGAUGGGGAGUUGAAAGGGUGGGGGAAAUUCUACCUUCCUAAACCAGUAAACAUGAAGGUUGUAGGAGUAGUGGAGGGGACGUCGUGCCCGUGUGAUCAGCUGGUCCUGAUGACCUGUGAGGACAGAAAGGUGUAUGCCUUCGAUGGAGAGAAAGAGGAGCUGGACAUGGUGGCUGAGAGCCUGGAGAAGCUAUUACUUGACGGACUGAAGUAUCCAUCAUCAGAGAGAUACCCUAAAAGACAGCCCUCCAAAGAUAUGCUACAGGGAGCCUGUGGAGAGGAUGAAGACCCCCGACCUGAGCCACGGUCAGCUGGUGAGCUGUCGGCUCUGAUUAAGGAAAGCACCAAAGUAAAAGAUUACCAGGAAGAUUACCUGACAUGGGUUUCAGGCUUUGUGUCCGAGUUUGGAACGAAGACUUUCACCUUAAAGAAACCAGCUGGUGCCACGUUGCAGAUCGGAGACCUGGAAGACCCCUAUUACAAUGAUGAGGAGUUCAAUGAGUGGGGGAAUUUCUACCUUCCUGAGAUAGUAACCAUGAAGGUUGUAGGAGUAGUGGAGGGGACGUCAUACCCGUAUGAUCAGCUGGUCCUGAUGACCUGUGAGGACAGAAAGCUGUAUGCCUUCGAUGGAGAGGAAGAGGAGCUGCACAUGGUGGCUGAGAGCCUGGAGGAGCUCAGUGAGGAGGGACUGAAGUAUCCUUCAUCACAGAGCUACUACAAAGGAGAGGCCUUCAAAGAUAUGAAGGAGAAGGACUGGGACGAAGUGAGGAAGAGUGAUGUGGGGAAGAAGCUGGACGAAGAGCAUCGUAAACUGGUGAAAGAAAACAAGCCUGAACUUCUGAAGUAUCUCCAAUCUAUCACCCAAAAUCAAAGUCCUCCCUGCAGCCUGACCUAGGAGUUAGGAGGAAAAGCGACUGUAUUGCGUUUUGUCUGUAAAACCGAGUCUGUGUUCUUCAUAUUUAUGUAGAAUUAGGGGUCCAAGCCCGAGUCUGUAAGAACCAGCGGUAGUAGAGCUACGCUGUUCGCACAGCAGGGCUGUGGAACCCUAUUGUUUUUCUAAGGAUUAUUCAUCAUAUUCAUUAUUCUUCUCCGCGUAAAACUCCUGCUACAGCCUAAACCGUACAUGGUGGGGGGUUGGCCUUUUCAGGACUGGUCCAAAACUCCACAAGGACCUCAGGCUCAAUAAUUGACCCACUUACAGCACUAGGUGGCGCUAUGGCAGAAAAAACGCGUUUGGCCCUAUAACUCCCACACCGUACACCCGAAAUUCAAAAACCAUACAUCUACGGGUUCCCUGGAUCCAACUGAAUCUCGUCAUAUAGGCCACACCCAUUUCCGCCUAGAAUUUUAUGUGUGAAAAAUUGCUAUAUGUCAAAAACCUACUUUUUCGAACUCCUCCUAGACCGUGCGACCGAUUUGCACCAAACUUGGCAGGUAGCAUCUCCAGACUGAUCUGACUAAAAGUUGUACAAAAAAGUCUUUUUCCCAUAAAGAUUUCGCAUAUUACACGCAAACAUAUUUGUGUAGCUAACUAUGAAAACACCAACUUUGCCAUAUCUUGGCCAAAAUAAAUGCUAUCAACGCAAAACUUUAGGUUAUUGUUUGUCAUGACCCUCUGGAGGUCAUGCGAUUCACGAAAAUUGGUCACUAGGGGGCGCUACAAGGACAAAAAGUUUAUAUCUCAUGAGUGGCUCAUGUGAUUU